CCCAGGCUUCCAUCCCCACCUCAAGUCUGCCCGUGAGUUCCUCCCAUCCUCUCAACCUCACCAGCAUGACCCCUAUAACAAUUCUUCCCCAUCUUCCUUUGCAACUCACCCCACAAAGCAAGAAACAAAUCUUGCAACCCUCCCUCCUUCACCACAUCCAGCCAAUAAAAAUGUCGCGCGUCACUGUGGCGAUCCUCUUCUGCAUCCUCGCAGUCAUUACCCUCAGCGCUGCGGAGGCCCCAGCGGAGUCACCGAAGGCAUACAAGGCUCCUACUCCUGCCAAGGCACCUGAGGCUGCUAAGAAAGCUGCGCCUGCUAAGGCUCCUGAAGCCACCCACUCCCCCUCAUCGUCUAGGAAGGCUGGUCCGACUGGAGCGCCGCCGACCACCACCUCUUCACCACCUUCUUCCAUGGACGAGGAGGCAUCAAGCCCUCCCCCACCAUCCACCUCUGCGGCAUCCCCUGCCGCCGAGGGACCCGCCGAUGGACCUGCUGAUGAUGAUCACUCCAGCGCUGCUACCCUCAGGGGUGGGGCUGCCAUGGUCAGCAUUGCGGCUGUGGUUGCUACCACAAUCUUCUACUAAAUUCGCUGAGGGACAUGUCAUGGUGAGCAAUUAGGGUGGUUAUGUACGGCAAGAGGAUGGAAAGAUUGACUGUGUUGUAAUUUCUCGUUUGAUCGGGAGGGAUCGAGUGUUUCUUUGCUUUGCACACAUCGUUUGCGCUUGCGCAACAUUAUUAUGGGGUCAAUCGUAUAUAUAACUGAAUGGAAAUGAUUAAUUUGUAAAGCUUGUGUCUGUCAUGAAUUAUGAUGGCUUGUU